GGUCCACUGUGACAGAUUUCACGGGUGCUUACUGCCAGUACACAUGUCACUCAAUACAAGUAUUCGGUCCUAUCUUGGCUCCGCACGAAAAUGCCUGUCCUAUGGCAAGGCCAAGUCUGGUCCACUCACUUCUUCACAACCAACGCUGUCAAACACACACUCAUAUAAGCACUCUGACCGUCAUAAAUACCCAAAGAUCGGAAGCAAGUUUCGCCAAUGCCCCAGCGCACGCAACGCACCAAACCCCCAUUCGUGCCCGCUGCCGUUCACUUUAUGCACGAGAAAUCCUCAAACAAAAAAUUGGACUUGCUCGAGAAAUCCAGCGCCGUUUCAGAGAACGGAUCUGACUUUUACUCUGGCGAUUCAGACUCACACGACAUUGUAAAUGGCCAACCACCGGUCGUAUCCACAGGAAAGGAUGUAUCACGGUAUCUCGUAGAUCUACGCGACGACGGUGAUCCGGCUUUAACUUUCCGGUCGCUUUUAAUCGGAACCGUGUUUGCUGGCCUUGGUGCUGCACUCAAUCAGAUAUACCUUCUCAAGCCGGUGCAACUUACUAUCUCUCCUGUUUUUCUUCUCGUGCUCGUUUACAGUGUCGGAUUGGCUUGGGCUAAAAUCUUACCCCGGCGGUCUACAGUUCAAAAUACUCGCCUGGCAUGGCUCGCUUCCACUUUUGACUUCAUCAACCCGGGCGACUUCAAAAUAAAAGAACAUGUAGUCUCUGCUCUAGUGGCUUCCACAGCGUCACAUGGAAGUACGGCCGUCCAGAACUUUUCUGUACAGCGCCUAUAUUACAACACGAACGUUCAGGCAACCACCGCUGUUCUUGCGACUUUUUCUACAGCAUGCUUCGGGUAUGGACUGGCCGGCUUAGUGCGUCCUUUGGCCGUUUAUCCGAGCGAAAUGGUGUACUGGAGUAAUCUUCCAGCGGUCUCUAUAUUUCAAGCUUUGCAUUUCGAUACCUCUGCCAAUCACAAGCGGGUCAAGCUUUUCUGGUCAGCAUUCAUUGGAAUGUUCCUUUAUGAACCUAUACCAUCCUACAUAUUCCCUUAUCUCAACGGCUUCAACGUCUUCUGCCUUGCUGCUCAAAACGCCUCAGCGAAGACUCGAAACAUCUUUACGAACCUUUUCGGUGGUGCAGAUGCUAAUGAGGGUUUGGGCUUCCUGAGUCUGUCGUUUGAUUGGCAAUAUAUCACUUCGUCACAUUGCACUUACCUUGAGUUGGAAGCCAACACAUGGAUCGGCUACGCUUUUUGCUAUAUCGUCAUAAUGGUGAUUUAUUAUACAAAUACCUGGAAUUCGCUGGCUUUCCCGAUGCUGUCAACGUCAAUUUUCUCAUCAAACGGUUCUGUCUAUGAACAGUCAGCUGUGUUCGGAUCUACGUUCCAACUCAAUCAAACUGCACUAGAGGAAGUCGGCUUACCAGCCUUGACCGGUUCUAACGCCUGGACUAACCUAACUGCCAAUCUUUCGAUUGGUGGUCUGAUUGCCCAUUGUGUAUUCUUCUGGGGGCCUUACGUGAAGGAGUCCUUCCAGCAGUCUCGGACUAGGACUCAGCCAGACCCUCACUGGAAGGCUAUGCAAAAAUAUAAUGAAUGUCCUUGGUGGUGGUACCUUAUCUUGCUCGGCCUUGCAUUUGUUGCUGGCUUGAUUGUUGUCUUCAAAGGACAGACAACGUUACCUUGGUGGUCCUUCCUCGUAGCUCUGGUCCUGGGAGCUUUUGUCACGCCGUUUUCUACACUACUUUUUGCCCGUAUGGGUACUGGUGUCGCGACCCAACAACUGAUGAAAAUGGUAGCAGGACUCAUCAAUCCCGGACGACCCGUUGCAAAUCUUUACUUCUCCAUGUGGAGUCACGAUAUCGUUGAGCAGUCCAUUAAAUUAGCCGGUGACCUCAAAAUGGGCCAAUACUUGAAAAUACCGCCUCGCACCAUGUUCUUGACUCAAGUCUGGGGCACCAUCGUCGGGAUAAUUGUCAACUAUGUCGUUAUGGUUUCAAUCGUUGAUGCCCAGCGUGAAAUUCUUAUCAGUCCUAAGGGUAGCAAUGUUUGGAGUGGGCAGACGAUUCAGGCACUCAACAGCGGUGCUGUUACGUGGUCCCUUGCGAAGGAGCUUUACGGACGAAACGGCCCCUAUUUCGUUGUUCCUUUGAGUUUAGCCAUUGGGAUGAUACCGACGUUCUUUCAGUGGCUAAUCGCCAAGCGGUGGCCUAAGAUUGGCCCAUUGAAGGUGGAUUCGAUCAUAUUGCCCAUAAUUUACAUGUACUCAUCCGCCAUGUCGAGCGGGGUGACCUCGACAAUUCUAUCAUCCAUCAUCGUGGGACUGGUCUCACAAUUAUGGCUUCGAAAAAGUCACCCAGGUUGGUAUAGGAAAUACAAUUAUAUCCUGGGUGGUGCACUGGAUGGUGGCGCUGAGGUGAUGAUCUUCAUUCUCUCGUUUGCUGUGUUCGGAGCAUCUGGAACGGCCAAGCCUUUCCCUAGUUGGGCAGGAAAUCCUUCAAAAGGAAAUGUAGACUAUUGUAAUGGUAAUGGUGCUUUGGGAUGAUGGACACAUACAAAUACAAUAAAUUAAUCAAAUGUUUCUUGGGACUCGGUCGGCAUGUAUGUAGUCAUCUUCGCAUUGACACGAUGUGGGCAAUGUAAUCCGUAUCUUGGAUCACAGAAAUGUAAGUUUGAGAGCGAGACUUGGUAAGUCCCUACACAGAUUGCGAAAUCAAACUAUGGGGGCAGAAUC